AUUCCCCUAACCACUCCCCCCUCCCCCCUUAGCCUACCGCUGAAAUCCGUGUGUUUUCAUAUAGUGAUGACGAGACACUGAGGAAGUCCCGCGGUGAUGAACGCGCACCCGAGAGACCCGAAAACACGUCUAAUUUAACUCCUCGUCGUACAAAUAAGCAAAAUGUCAUGGAUCGAAGCUGUCACCGUUUGCCUUGUGCUCUCCAGCCAGAUGUUCAGCUCCCAGUCAGUGCCUAUUAAUGUAGAUAAAACUAAAGUCAAUGUGCCAGAAGAACAGGUACAGGAAAUGCCUCAAAAUGUGGACACUGGACUGCAUUAUGACCGCUAUCUCAGGGAAGUUAUCGAUUUCCUCGAAAAAGACCCACAUUUUAGAGAAAAGCUGCAGAACACCGGCAUCGAGGACAUAAAGCAAGGAAAACUGGCUAAAGAGCUGGACUUUGUGAGCCACCACGUCAGGACCAAGCUCGACGAGUUAAAAAGGCAGGAAGUGAGUCGGCUGAGGACGCUGAUCAAAGCCAAGCAUGACAUGGAAGGAGGGAACGGCGUGGCCGCGGACCAUCAGGCUCUACUGAAGCAGUUUGAGUACCUGAACCACAUGAACCCUCACACGUUUGAGGUGGAAGAUCUGGACAAACUCAUCAGAUCAGCCACAAAGGAUUUGGAGAACUACGACAAAGAACGUCACGAGGAGUUCAAGAAGUACGAAAUGAUGAAGGAGCACGAGCGGCGCGAGCACCUGAAGACCCUCAGCGAGGAGAACAGGAAGAAGGAAGAGGAGCAUUACGAAGAGAUGAAGAAGAAGCACGCCGAUCACCCGAAAAUCAAUCAUCCUGGCAGUCAGAAUCAGCUCAAAGAGGUGUGGGAGGAAGCGGACGGCCUCGACCCUGAAGAUUUUGACCCCAAAACGUUCUUCAACCUGCACGGUAAUUUUUUUUAUCAUCUGCAUAGCAUCGUUUAUCAAAGAUUCCGUAAUAAACCCUCGACGGCGUGUCGCUCGCUCGUUCCAGAUUCAAACGGAGACGGCUUCUUUGACGAGCAGGAAUUAGAGGCGCUGUUCACUAAAGAGCUGGAGAAAAUCUACGACCCAACGAACGAGGAAGACGACAUGGUGGAGAUGGAGGAGGAGCGCUUACGGAUGAGGGAACACGUCAUGAACGAGGUCGACUCCAACAAGGACCGUCUGGUUUCUUUAGACGAGUUCUUGAUGGCGACGAAGAAAAAAGAGUUUCUGGAGCCGGACAGCUGGGAGACUCUGGAGCAGACCCAGACUUACACCGACGAGGAGAUGCGAGAGUUUGAGGAACAUCUCAUCAGACAGGAGCAGGAACUGAUCCACAAAACAGACGAAUUGCAGAAGCAACGAGACGAGCUGGAGAGACAGCAGGAGCAGCUCAACGCACAGAAAAAAGAACUCCAACAAGCUGUCGAGCACAUGGAGCGUUUAAAAACCCAGAAUGCUCCAGCGGAAGUUCAGGUUGAAGGAAACGAAGUCCCAGAAUCCCAUAACAACCAACACCAGGCUCCUCCUGAGAACCAGUCGCUCGCCCCGGGACACCAGAACGUUCCUGCAGCUCAGCAAGAUUUGAGCCAAAGUCAGCCGCUUGCUCAGGAUUCCCACCCCAACGUCAUCCAGGACGUCCCACAAGUACCGUAGACGAGAGCAGAGUAUCAGGAGCAGGACUGUGCACACACACACACACACACACACCCCUUCUCCAGCGCCUGGAGGGCAUUAGGACCUCUCUAGGACCUCAGUGUUUCCUCCCAGUUCUUCUGCUCUCCACAGAAGGGUGUCAUCAGUACGACUCAUCUUAUUCUUUCAUUUUAAUCAUCAUCCUCAUGCUGGUUUGACUGUCAACAUCGUUUUGCACAUUUUUAAAAGGUUACAGUAAGGGCGUGAUGAACGGAUCGAUUUCAAUUCAUCUAUUCGGUCUGCUCUGGGAUGUAAAGUUUAACUCCAACAACAAAGCAAUCAAGGUCCAGCUAUUUCAAUCAGGUUAGCAGUUAGUUUAUAAGAUCGAAGAUUAGAUCUCUAACAUUCCUGACUGCUGCAAGACAAACAGAUUUAAUCUACAAAAAACCUCCAGGCUUAAAAUGAUACACGUGAAUCCGUAUUAUUUAAAUUCCAGUUCUCGUUUACUCUUGUAUUAAAUGUGCCCAUUUUCUGCACAGAAUAAAAAAAAAAGUGUCAUUUUAUUCUAUAAUUUCAUUCUCUGUUCUUAUUAAAGUGGUCGAGGCAGCACUGCCUCGUACCGGUCAUCAUUUAA